AUGACGGAAUUCCAGCUGGCACACAGCACCCAAGAAGUCCAACAAGGAUCAUCUAUUGAGUUUGUGCAAGCAUCAAGAGAAGAGAGUGUGUAUGUCCCGACACUGGGAACCAGUUCCUACAAGCAUCUGCCUCUUAAAUCCAAGCGCUUUUCCUACCCAUCACUCUCCGAUCCGUCCUUGACCACCCCAGGAAAGCUGCCACUCCCACAAGUUUCAACUGUAGCUGGAAUCUUCAACCCCAUUCCUAGUCUGCGACGAACCAGUAUCUCAACCCGUUUUUCUCCCAUUAGCGAGAACAAUGGCCACUUGAUAACGACGACAGACGGUUUCCAGACGGAAAAUAUGGAAGAGGAUAUAGUUAGAGCCCUCUCCAUUGUGCGGCAGGAUCCUGCUACUUUGUUCCCCCCCCCAUCCAGUCACAAGUGGAAUAGCUUAUAG